CGAACGGGCGAAGAGUGGGGCAGGAGCUGGCCUGGGUGCGGGGAUGGGAGGGGUUGGAGCUGGCCUGCGGAGCAGGGAUGGCAGGGGAGAGGUGGGUGUUUCUUCGGGGCAAACGCUGUGGCAUGUUCGAACUCAGCGAACAGCGGAGCUGGAAGUGGGAGGUGGGGUGGAAGGUAGUAGGGUKUUUUCUGCAGGUUUGAGCGCUGGCUUGGUGUGGUGGUGGGACGGGGAGGAAUGUCUUGAGCCGGUUGCCACCGCAAGGAAUGGGAACGACGUCGCCAAGGUGUUCGGAGGUGAGACAAGAGUUGGUGCUACCUAAGAAAGGCCACACUGCAAGGAACAUGAAUAUGGGCGAAGCACAGAAAUCCAGAAUGCAAAAUCACACUGAAGU